CCCUCCCCUCUAAAUUCGCUUCUCGAUCUGUUCUUCUUUGAUUAUUUUCUUUUCCCGUUUCCCCAAUCUCUCAUUCCUUUCCUUCUCUUUCAGUUUUCCUCACCCUCAAUUCCGAUUUCUGUAUCUGGGUUUUGAUUUUCUGGAACAGGGUUGAAUCUUGGGCUUUUUGUGUUUUCUGCUUGUUGGGUUGUGAGUGAUUUGUUUUCUUUUUCUGUUUCUGUUUCUGGGAUUUGAUUUGGUUUGGUUUGGUUUUUAAGGGAUCAAUCAAUCUCUAUCUGGGUUUGUGUGUUUAUUUUCUCUUAUUUUUGCUUUGCUGAUUUUGUUGGGAUUUUGAAUUUUAAAUCUCUGGUUUGAUUGAUAAUGGACGGCCGAGAUCAUCAUCGUUUUGGUUUAGUGGCGCAUGCCCCUCCUCCUGGUUACUUCGUACGUUUGAAGAAUACAGGUACUAAAGACGAUCUAUAUCUAAGUAAAAGGGAUAGAAUGCGCAGGUGGCUUUGUUGUACUUGUCAAGUUGAAGAGGCCUACCCAUCAGCAGAAAGUGAGCACCUGAAAAGCCCACGAAGUUAUGGAGAUGGUCACAAUCACAGGGGCUCAAAAGAGCCAGCUCCUGUCAAACCUGAAGCACCAAAAACUCCACCUCCCAUAGAAGUGCCAGCGGUUUCUCUGGAAGAACUGAAAGAAAAGACUGAUAACUUUGGGUCCAAGGCAUUGAUUGGUGAAGGAUCUUAUGGUCGAGUUUAUUAUGCUAAGUUAAAUGAUGGGAAAGCUGUGGCAGUAAAGAAGCUGGAUGUUUCCUCUGAGCCCGACUCAAGUGUUGACUUUUUGACUCAGGUUUCUACAGUCUCAAGGUUGAAACAUGAAAAUUUUGUUGAGUUGCAUGGAUAUUGUGUUGAAGGAAAUUUCCGUGUACUUGCAUAUGAGUUUGCAACUAUGGGCUCUCUACAUGACAUAUUGCAUGGUAGAAAGGGAGUGCAAGGGGCACAGCCUGGUCCGGUGCUUGAUUGGAUGCAGCGUGUGAGAAUUGCUGUUGAUGCAGCUCGAGGAUUGGAAUACUUGCAUGAGAAGGUUCAACCUUCUAUCAUACAUAGAGAUGUUAGAUCCAGCAAUGUGCUUCUCUUCGAAGACUUCAAAGCAAAGAUUGCAGACUUCAACCUUUCAAACCAGGCUCCUGACAUGGCUGCUCGACUUCAUUCUACUCGAGUUUUAGGAACUUUUGGCUAUCAUGCUCCUGAGUAUGCAAUGACUGGACAAUUGACACAAAAGAGUGAUGUCUAUAGCUUUGGAGUCGUUCUACUUGAGCUUUUAACCGGGAGGAAACCUGUUGAUCACACCAUGCCUCGUGGGCAGCAGAGUCUUGUUACUUGGGCUACUCCAAGACUAAGUGAAGACAAAGUUAAACAAUGUGUUGAUCCAAGGCUGAAGGGUGAAUAUCCCCCCAAAGGAGUUGCCAAGCUGGCUGCUGUGGCAGCUCUGUGUGUGCAGUACGAAGCCGAGUUCAGGCCAAACAUGAGCAUUGUCGUCAAGGCUCUCCAGCCGCUUCUAAAGCCACCUGCCCCCGCUCCGGCUGCCGAACCUUGAAGUAAAUUGAUCUCAGUUUUCUUACUCACUGUUGAUAUAUGUGAGCGCCUACAUUGCAAAGUUUGCUUUCAUGGUGACCAUAUAGAAUUCAUAAUAUUCAUUAUUUAUUCCAAUUAUUAUUGUUGUUUUUUUCUCGUGAAGAUCCUCGAGUCAUGUUUGGUUGGAUUGAAAAUAGGUUGGUUUUCUUGUAAGCAAUUCUUCUUGUGUAGCCUGUUGGUAUAGCCCUCGGUUGUUAAAAAUGUUCUCACCCUUUCGCUUUUGGAGUCAUCAAGUGAGACUCAGUGGGAGUGCUGCAUGGUGUGCUGGAAAAACACAUAUGGACUAUUGUUUGCUUUCCCUCACUCUUGAUAUUAAUGGAUAUGGGUUGGUUUUUUCGGUUGUCAA